AUGAAACUCACCAUUGCUAUUGUUGCCAAUCUUUUCGCAUCACUGACUCUCGGUGCGGCCAGCUAUCUUGAGUAUAAGGGCGUAGCCCCUGGGCAGGUCAUCAAAGAAGGUGUCGAACUUCGAAUUCUCCCCAUUGGUGACUCCAUCACCGUAGGCUGGUCUAGUUUUGAUAAGAAUGGUUGCAGACUGAAGUUAAGAGAAAAUCUCUUUGGUAAUAAGGUUGUUUUUGCCGGCACGACGUCAUCAGGUAAUAUGUCUGACCCAUAUUAUGCGGGUUGGGUCGGAAUGACGAUCGAAUAUAUGACCAACAACAUUUAUACAUCUCUAAAACAGCGCCCUAAUAUCGUCCUCAUCCACGCCGGCACCAACGACAUGAACCCAAGGCCUGGUAUUUCUCAACAAGGACAUGAUCCUACUGGUGCGGCAAUAAGGCUUGGUAACCUCAUCGACAAGAUAGUUACCGUCUGCCCGGAUGCGACUGUUCUCGUGGCCCAAAUCAUCAACACCUGCGACCCUGACCAGCGACCGCAGACAAUUUCUUUUCAAAAACUGAUCCCUGGCGUCGUUGAGAAAAGGAGAAAAGUCGGCCGCCGAGUUCUGGCCGUAAACUUUGCGAGUCUGGGCGACGGGAUCUUAUAUCGGGAUUGCAUCCAUCCGUCGAGCAAGGGGUAUCACCUCAUGGCUAAUUACUGGUAUGACUUCAUCACACAAAUACCCAAAGACUGGAUUACAAAACCUGUUGGGCCUGAUCCUGAUAGGUCAAAUGGUGAUCGUUCUGAUUAG